AUGAUCCGAGGGAAGCCGUGGUGCCUGGGGCAGCAUGAAAGGGUUCUUUCACGGGCCUCUGGGGCAGUGACGCCGGAGACAGACAGGCAGGCAGCAGUGUCCAGCCGUGAAAUGGCUCUGGCACGGAUGGCGGCCCCUGGCCUCCUGCUCCUCCUGGGGUUGCCUGGGGGGGCCUGGCCCAGCCUGGGGCCGCCCCGACGGCCGUGUGUGCAGUGCUGCCCGCCCGCCUGGCCCCCCGCCGCCCCCGGCCCCUAUGCCCGCAGGAGCGAUGGGGAGCGGUGGGUGCAGCCGCCUCGCAUGCGGCCUACCAUUGACGUGUCGAUUCUCAAAGGUGAGAAGGGCGAGACGGGAGUCAGAGGUCCCUCCGGCAGGAGCGGGCAGGAGGGCCCGCCGGGCUCCCGGGGCCUUCGGGGCCGCAAGGGCCAGAAGGGGCAGGCGGGGCUGCCCGGCGCCGCAUGUCGGCGCGCCUACGCGGCCUUCUCGGUGGGCCGGCGCGAGGGCCUGCACGGCACCGACGGCCUCCGGGCCGUGCCCUUAGACACGGAGCUGGUGAACCUGGACGGGGCCUUCGACCUGGCCUCGGGCCGCUUCCUGUGUGCCGUGCCCGGCGUCUAUUUCCUGAGCCUCAACGUGCACACCUGGAACUACAAGGAGACUUACCUGCACAUCAUGUGCAACCGGGAGGCCACGGGCGUGCUGUACGCGCAGCCCAGCGAGCGCAGCGUCAUGCAGACCCAGAGCCUGCUGCUGCCCCUGGCUGCCGGUGACACCGUCUGGGUGCGCCUGUUCCACCGAGACCGCGACAAUGCCAUCUACGGCGAGCCCGGCGACCUCUACAUCACCUUCAGCGGCCACCUGGUCAAGCCGGCCGCAGAGCUCUAG